CCUUUUCCACCUUUUAUAUAUACUUAGCUGUGAAUUGUAAUCAUUUGCUUUCAUUUACUCAUUAAAAAUGACAGACAAAAACAACCAAAACAGAAAACCAGAAUCUGGUGUCCUCACUUGCCAACUUACGUGGGACGUCCCAUAAAACCCUCCAGAAAUAAAAGCUAAAGCUCUCAUUUUUAUCUUUUUUCAAUAAUCAUUAUUUGAACCAUAUACGUAUUCAUAUACUCAUACAUAUACGUAUACACUCAUAAUAUUCCCCACUUAAGACGUUGGGAGCUAAUCUUAGUGUUGUCACCACUGGCUGAUAAAGCCAUUUCCUUCUCUCUCUUUUCUCCCCCUUGAAGUGUUUGUGAAUUUGUCUGUGUGACUUUUCUUGAAUUUUUGGUUUUCUAUUUCAGAGGACAAAAAGUGCUCUUCUUUUUCCCUUUCCAACUUACUUUUUUUUUUUUUUUAAUUUAUUUGAUGAUAUGCUUCCAAGAGUUGAUAGCAUAGUUUGGAACAUGGAAGAAGGCAAAGAGGACGAGCAAGCUUCUUCUUGGUCUCAAAACAGCAACAACAAUGGCGGCCCACUCAGAGACAAACCCGAAACCGAAACCGAGACCGAAACAAAUCCACUCUCCACAUUCAAGUCCAUGCUCGAGGCCCAAAAUGAUGACUGGUACUUGGCCCAGCCACCAACUCAUCAGCUUCUCUUACAGCAACUCGAUUCAUCUGCGUCCUGUUCCCCAUCGUCCGUCUCGCUCUUCAACACUCUCGAUCCAAAUCAUCAGGUUAAUAGUUAUUUUCUCCAGCAAAAAUCUGUGAUGAGUAAUAGUAGUGCAAUACCAAACAGCCCCUUGGAGGGAAGCUUUGAUCUUGGCUGCGAAAACGGUUAUCUCGAAAGUGCUCUGAACAGGGCAGGUGGGCUGUUGGGGGGUGGUUUUAGUGAUUUUGGUGAUAAUUCCCAUUUGGGCAACCUUAAUUUGUCCUCAACUCCCAAUUCUCAGUUUGUGUCCAACAACUUGUUUCAAGGGAAUAAUUGUAGCUUUGGUGCUUUUGGGUUAGGUGAUAACAACAAUAGUGAUAGUAAUAUUGAAAAUACUAAUAAUAGUAAUUCAUUGUUCUGUAAUAGGACUAAUAAGAUUCUAAAGCCACUUGAUAAUUUCGCCUCGGUUGGUUCACAGCCAACAUUGUUCCAAAAAAGGGCUGCCCUUAGGAAGAAUCUCGGGAAUAGCACUAAUAGUGUGAGUCAUUUGGGGUCUUUGAAUUUAGGGGGUCCUAGAAAUCAGAUUAGCUUAAAGUCUCCAGCUAGUGCAAGUAAUCUGGAAUUAAUCAGUGAGGAGAAUGAGAGGAAAAGGAAAAGUAGUAGUGUGGAUGAUAUGGACGAUUUUAGCCUCGAUGGUUCUAACCUGCACUAUGAUUCUGAUGAUCAAUUCUUGGAGAAUAGUACUGUGAGUGGUAAAAAUGGUGGAAAUAGUUCCAACGCUAACACCACACUCACUGCCGGGGAUCAAAAGGGGAAAAAGAAAGGACAGCCGGCAAAAAAUUUGAUGGCUGAGAGGCGGAGGAGAAAAAAGCUUAAUGACCGUCUAUACAUGUUGAGGUCGGUUGUGCCGAAAAUAAGCAAGAUGGACAGAGCUUCCAUACUUGGGGACGCAAUCGACUACUUAAAGGAGCUUUUGAAGAAGAUCAGUGACCUCAACAAUGAACUCGAGUCCAUUCCUGGUAGCUCUUCAGCUACUCCCACAUCGAAUUUUUACCCUGUCACGCCAGCUGGAACCCCUGGCCUACCAAGCCGUAUAAAGGAAGAGCUUUGUCCGAGUGCAUUUGCAAGCCCAUUGUCAAGCCCAACUGGACAACCGGCAAGGGUGGAGGUGAGGCUAAGAGAAGGACGAGCUGUAAACAUUCACAUGUUCUGUGGCCGAAAACCGGGCCUUUUGCUGUCUACUUUGAGGGCUAUGGACAGUCUCGGCCUAGACGUUCAGCAAGCUGUUAUCAGCUGCUUCAAUGGUUUCGCCUUGGAUGUUUUUCGUGCUGAGCAAUGGGGAGAAGGCCAAGAUCUUAAUCCUGAUCAAAUCAAAGCAGUGCUGUUGGAAUCUGCUGGCUUUCAUGGGAUCGUGUGAUAUGUAUUGUCUCACCUUAAGAUCGCUGACAUUGAUGUUCAAUUGUGCUAAAGAUCGACAUAUGUUUUCUCUUUAUUUUUUGUUUUUACAUUUUUUUUUUUCGUUUUUCUUCUCUUGUUUGAUAUUUUAGUAGGGAUGAUGCCCAAAAACAACUGAAUAGAAAGCUUCAGUUUUUUCUAAUUCAUUAACGUAAAAAUUUCAACAC